ACGCUCUCGACGAGUCAACUUGGUCGUUUCGCGGUUACCACAUAUUGUCUCUCGUCGGUGUCCGUAGUCAAUGAAGCGGGUGAAAAAACAUGGCGUCCUUUGGUAGCAAGGUUUUUCUGUUGCUAGGUCGAACUAAUGUCUCUGGUGUGGGUUAUAGGAAGACAGGAAACAGAGCCACAUAUGCUACGGCGUUGACAGUAAACUCUUCUUCUACAAAUAAAGCGAGGGGCGGUAAAGGAUCCACUGGCAGAAGACCAAAGAGAGGAACUGGGGAGCCUAGGACUGAAAAGAUGGCACUGGAUCAGGACUGGACCUCAGUUUAUCCCGCAGCGACCCCCUUCAGGGCCAACGCCGUCCCUCUUCCUCUGCGGAUGGGCUACCCUGUGAAGAGAGGCAUUCCACCAGAGAAGAAGGGCAACUUGGAAUUAAUAAAGAUACCAAACUUUUUGCAUCUGACACCAGCAGCUAUCAGGAAACACUGUGAAGCUCUGAAACCUUUCUGCACAGAGUGGCCCUCGGCCCUGGACACCGACGCCAAAUGCGACGAGCUCUUUCCAGUUAAAAUCCAGAGCACAGACUACGUGUCUGCUGGGCCCUCCAUCAGGAAUCCUUCAGCUCGCGUCGUUCACAUGAAAGUAAAGUUGUCCAGUUUGAACCUGGAUGACCACGCCCGCAAGAAGAUGCUCAAACUUGUUGGGGACAGAUACUGCAAAGACUCAGACAUCCUCACCAUCAAAACAGAAAGCUGCCCUCUGAGGCAGCAGAACUAUGACUACGCCAUGUACCUGCUGACUGUCCUGUACCACGAAUCCUGGAAAAUCGAGCCGUGGGAGGCAGAGAAAACCCGCGCAGACAUGGAGGAGUACAGCUGGGAGGACAGCACGUCCCAGAAGAACAUCCUGGACACGCUGCUGCGCAUCAACGCUACCGGAGAAGGAGAGGAAGCUGAAGUGAGAGAGCAGCUGCUGGGAAGAGAGGAGGUGCUGGAAUAUAAGGACUCAGUCGAGACGCUGAAGAAUGAAGAGCCGAGCGAGAGCAACAUGCUGCGGUACAAGGAGGCGGUCAGGAAGGUUCUCAAGGUGUGAAAUCGUUAAAGCUGAUAAACAUUUACAGGACGACAGUUGAAAGCAUGUUAAGCAGAAUGAUUUCAGCUGUGUUAUUCUGUUGCCAGAAUGAUCUUGAAUGUCUGAUGGUGUCAGCAGUAUUUAUUUUCUCAAAUAAAUUUGCUGUAAUAUCCAGUAUGUGGUGUUUUUAAUACAAAAAUAAAAGCAGAACACAAGAA